AUGGAACACGCGUUCAGGAUCCAGUGCCGCGCGUCCGACGACCUUAGCCUCGCCAUCGUCAACGGCGAGGUCAUCCUCGCCAAGUCCGACCCACGCGACGACCGUCAGGUCUGGCACAAGGACGUACGAUACAGUGCCGGGCUCAAGGACGAGGCAGGCCGUCUGGCGUUCGCGCUCGUGAAUAAGGCCACCGGCGAAGCCAUCAAGCACUCGUUCGGUUACAAUCACCCGGUACGUCUUGUCAAGUUCGAGCCGGGGUAUCUGGACGAGUCGGUCCUGUGGACCGAAAGCGAGGACACGGGCGACGGCUUCCACCGCAUCCACAUGAUCAACAACGCCGACUACAUCUUCGACGCGGAGGAGGCCGUCCCUCUCUGCGACGGUGCGCGCGACGGCACGCGGCUCAUCCUGUUCCGGUGGAACGGCGGCGAUAACCAACUAUGGCGGAUGGCCCCAUGCAUCGGCGCCGAGCCAGAUCACGAGCCGCCCGUCCACGUCGUGUGCCUCACCGUUCGUCACGGCGCGGUUGUACUCGCCCGCAUCGACCACAAGGACCCCAAACAGCAUUGGACCGUGAGCUUCCGGAACACCGGGCGCGUGACCGACGAGGAAGGACACCGGUCGUUUCUCCUCCUGAACCCGUCCACCGGGAAGGCGAUGAAGCGUUCUGCUGACAAAGAGCAGCCGGUUGAGCUCGUCGGCCACGGCCCGGACUCGGUGGACGUGGCGCUGCUCUGGACGCGUAGCGACAAUGUCGGCGAGGGAUUCCAUUGCAUCCGCACCGUCAGCGACGUCAGUCUCGUCCUUGACGCGGCGGGAGGCGGCAGGCACGACGGCACGCCGAUUAUCGUGUUUCCUUGGAACGGUGGCGCGAACCAGAGGUGGUCUAUGCUUCCGCUUGACUGACCGUGACAGCAGAUUUGUGGAUUUGCCUUUAUUAGUACUUGCAACUGUAGUAUUUGCAACACAAUUGUACUCACAUGUUAGAGAUUUGUGGAUUAACAAACUAUAGAGCACUGUCCCAUGCUAAGGGGUUCAUCAAAAUCAAAGUAGUCAAUCGAGUGAAUUGGGACAGUAGGACAGCGAAAAUUGUACUAUUCAGGGGCAGGGCUAUUGACUCGGAGAAGGUCAAUUCACAGAGGGAAUGUUGAAGUAAUCCAUCCGUCCCAUAAUAUAUGGGAUUUUGGAUGGAUAUGAGACAUCAUUCCAUAUUCGUUGUACUAGGAUGUGUCACAUCCACUUAAAAUCUCUUAUAUUAUGGGAUAGAAGGAGUACUUCUGAAUUCUAAUAGUAUUGUAGUAUCGAAAGUAUGCUACGGUUUUUUAUUAUUAUAUUUUCUUCA